AUGGUGUCGCUCAGUUCCAACAUGGAGAUCCAGCGGACAGCGCGGCCCGUCCUGCUCCUGCUGGCUCUGCUGUCUCCUGUUUGCUGGUGCCGGAAUGAAGAGGAGCGUCUCAUUAACUUCCUGUUUAAAGAAAAAGGCUACAACAAAGAGCUGCGUCCAGUGGAGAGACAGCAGGACACGGUGGAUGUCUUUCUUGCUCUCACGCUCUCCAACCUCAUCUCACUGAAAGAAGUGGAUGAGACAUUACUGACCAACGUAUGGAUUGAUCAUUCGUGGACGGACAGCAGGCUGUCCUGGAACGUGACAGAGUUUGAUGGGAUCGACAUGCUGCGUCUGCCCUCCAACAUGCUGUGGCUGCCAGAGAUCGUCCUGGAGAACAAUAAUGACGCCCAGUUCCAGGUGGCCUAUUACUCCAAUGUGUUGGUCGAUCCUACUGGCUUUUGCUACUGGUUGCCUCCUGCCAUCUUUCGCUCUUCGUGCUCCAUCAACGUCAAUUUUUUCCCCUUUGAUUGGCAAAACUGCUCCCUCAAAUUCACUUCUUUGACGUACAAUGCCAAAGAGAUCAGGAUGUUGUUGAAAGAAGAUGCGGUCGAGGACAAUAAGUUCACACUAGAGUGGAUUGUCAUUGAUCCCGCCGGAUGGACAGAAAACGGAGAGUGGGAGGUGAUCCAUCGUCCUGCGAAGAGAAACACGUACAAACACAUCCCCAUGGAGAGCAACAAGCACCAGGACAUCACCUUCUACCUGAUCAUUAAACGCAAACCUCUGUUCUACAUCGUCAACAUCAUCAUCCCCUGUGUCCUCAUCUCCUUCCUGGCUGCACUCGUCUACUACCUGCCUGCAGACAGUGGGGAGAAGAUGACCCUGUCCAUCUCUGUGCUCUUGGCUCAGUCUGUGUUUCUGCUGCUGAUUUCACAAAGACUUCCAGAGACCUCCAUGUCUGUGCCUCUCAUUGUCAAAUAUUUGAUGUUCAUCAUGGUGCUGGUCACAGUGGUCGUGCUGAACUGUGUGGUGGUCCUCAACCUGCACUUCAGGACCCCGAGCACGCACGUCAUGACGGCUUGGACCAAAUGGUUUUUCCUGGAGCGCCUUCCCCGGAUCCUGCGCAUGUCGAAGCCAGAGGAUUCGGAGCCGUUCUGGGACGGAGCGCUGCCUCGGCGCUCCAGCUCCGUGGGAUACAUCGCCAAAGCAGAAGAAUACUACAGCGUCAAGUCUCGCAGCGAGCUCAUGUUUGAGAAGCAGUCAGAGAGACACGGACUGUCGGCCCGCCCCACACACGCAGGAGUGGUGAAGCCUCCAGUGGAAGGAGGGGAGACCGAUCAGCUUUAUGCAGAAAUCAAACCAGCUGUGGACGGAGCCAAUUACAUCAUCAAACACAUGCGCAACAAGAACGACUACAACGAGGAGAAAGACAACUGGAGUGGCAUCGCCCGCACAGUGGACCGCCUCUGCCUCUUCCUCGUCACUCCUGUCAUGCUCUUUGGCACAAUCAUCAUCUUCCUCAUGGGGCUGUUUAACCACCCCCCUCCCCUGCCCUUUAAAGGAGACUCCCACAACUACAAGGAGGAGAACCCACGCUUGCUGCACUAG